AUGAAUGCGAUCGAUGCGACGAACACGAGAGGCGUGCGCGCGUGUGCGUCGACCGCGCGCGUCGGGUGGAAACGUCACCGCGCGCGAGGGCGAUCGACGCGCGCGCGCGCGACGGCGAGAGGACGGGAGAGGGAUGGAUGCGCGCGCGGGGCGCUGGACGCGCUGCGAGACGCGACGCGGCGGGACGGAAGCGCGUCGGAGGGACUGGUGUGCGACGUCUCGGCGGGGAAACCGGCGUUAGGGAACGGGGUGCGGAAUGUGUUCCCGGUGCCGCUGUCGAUCGCGCACGAUGAGGCGUUCGAGAGGCGGUUGUCGGCGCUCGGAGCGACGGCGAACGGGACGGAGGACGUGCUCGAGGCGUUGAAGCGACGACGCGCGGAGGGAUCGAAGCCGGGAUCGAGAGGGGAUGGAUUGAAGAUUGGACUCGUGGUCGAGGGCGGGGGGAUGCGCGGAUGCAUCAGCGCCGGCGCCGUGGGCGCGCUUCUGGAUGAGGGAUAUUACGACUGCUUCGACGCGGCGUACGGGUCGAGCGCGGGGGCGAUGAAUUUGACGUAUUACCUCGCGAAACAGCCGGAGGGUGUGCGGGCGUACGAGCAAGAUCUCUGCGACGGCACGUUUUUAGAUCUCAAGCGUCACCUGGCGCGGCGAUUGACGGUGAUCAAGGAGGCGCACGUGGACCUGGUGCGACCAAUCGUGCGCUUCGGUCGACGGUCUCAGAACUCCAUCGCGGCGAGAAACGGGGCGAACACGAUAGAGGAGGCGACGAUGGCGGACGUCGCCACGCUAGCAGAAAAUUUAGUCGUCGCGAGCGAGGAAGCGGCGGCGGAUGCCAAGUAUUCGGUGGAUCCGGCGAUGAACGUGCACUUCUUGCUCGAUCGCGUCAUGGGCGGAGAGACGGGAAAGCCGCUCAAUUGGGACAACGUCAUCAACGCCCCCGUGCCGCUUAAAGUUGUCGCCACGUCAUUGGAUACGAUGACGACGGUGAUUCUGGAAGAUUUCAAGGAUGAGCAAGAUCUGAAGAAGUGUCUGUUGGCGAGCGCGCGCGUACCGGCGCUCGCCGGCGCUUCGCCCGUGGUGCACCGAGGGCAUCGUCUCGUGGACGCCGCCGUGCUCGAACCGGUUCCCGUACACGCGGCGGUGCACGACGAUUGCACGCACGUGCUCGUUUUACUCACCGCGGCGCACAAGACGGACACUGAGGCGGACGCCAGGAACGUCGAGACGCGCGACAACAGGCGCUUCCUCGGGAGGAUUCGCGACAGGUUGAGACGCAUCGCGCGUCGCCCCAAGGCGCGCCAAGUCGCCACCGCGGCCGCCUCUGAGGAGAGCGUGAGCGCGUUGAACAAAUCGAUCGAUGACCCGGUGAUGAAGCCGAAACCGGCGCAAUCGGCGCUGUAUAGGGCCAUACGAAACCUCCUCUUCGCCCCGUCGUACAUGGGUCCGAUUUGGCGUCUCCACGACGCCUUCGCGAACGAGCUUCAGACCCGUCACGGUUGGCGCGCGCGAGACGUCUUCGUGCCGUCCACGGCCAAGAAUGCGUUCCACCCCAUCAAGAUCGCCACCAUCGCUCCCGACGGUCCCGCGUCGCGAGCGAUGUCUCCGCUGUGCGUCGACCCCGAGCUCAUCGCCGCCGCUCGAGUCGAGGGCGCCGCCGCCACCUUGCGCGCGCUCGCCGGGUGCGACGAUAUCACCGCCCUCGAGCGCGCGCGAUGA